UGGCGCUGUUGCCGGUGAGCUAGCGUCAGGGCUGGAACCUGCUGCAGCAACAUGGAGUGAAAUUAGGAGGAAAAUAACAAGCAGCGGAGAAGGGAAUUUUUGAGUGUUGGGUGGUACUGAAAAUUUGUGGAGGAAUCCUUUAGUUUACACUCAGGCUUUGAAAUUCUUUAUAAACCCGACAACCAGCCGAAACCAAAAAUGGCUGCAAAUAGCCUUGUGUUGCCUAUAGUACUGUGGGGCCCCAAAGCUCCUACACAUUGUAUUUCAACAUUACUGGUUAUGGAUGAUUUGGCAACCAUUGUUACAGGAUGUCAUGAUGGACAGAUUUGUCUUUGGGAUCUAACUUCAAAAUUGGAGAUCAUUCCUCGGGCCUUGCUGUUUGGCCACACCGCAUCUAUCACUUGUCUUUCUAAAGCUAGUGCCAGCAGUGAUAAACAAUACAUCGUCAGUGCAUCUGAAAGUGGAGAAAUGUGUCUUUGGGAUGUGAAUGAUGGACGAUGCAUCGAAUUUACUAAACUGGCAUGCACUCAUACUGGCAUUCAAUUUUAUCAGUUCAGUGUUGGAACUCAACAUGAAGGAAGACUGCUAUGCUACGGACAUUAUCCAGAAAUCCUUGUAGUCGAUGCUGUUAGCCUGGAAGUGCUUUACUCUUUGGUGUCCAAGAUUUCUCCUGAUUGGAUUAGUUCAGUGAGCAUUAUACGUUCACUGAGAACAAAAGAGGACACGGUGAUAGCAGUUUCAAUGACUGGAAUUUUGAAGGUGUGGAUUAUUACUGCUGAAAUCAAUCGAAUGCAGGAUACUGAACCAGUAUUUGAAGAGGAAUCUAAACCUAUUUACUGCCUGAACUGCCAAAGCAUUUCAUUUUGCACAUAUACACAGCAAUCUCUGCUGGUAGUAUGCUCCAAGUAUUGGCGGGUGUUUGAUGCUGGAGAUUUUUCUCUGCUCUGCUCAGUAUCUAGCACUAAUGACCAAUAUUGGACUGGGGGUGAAUUUGUAGAUGCUGAAAAAGUUGUCAUUUGGACAGAAGAUGGGAGUAGCUUCACUUACCAGCUACCACCAAGCUGCUUACCAGCCAGUGAGUCCUUCCGCAGUAAUGUUGGCAAAGCCAUUGAGAACUCCAUUCCUCCAUUACUAUUUAAGGUGCUGGACUGGAAAGAUAAAUCUAGUGUCCAUCAUCUAGAGUCUGGGUAUUUGGGGGAGGCAGUUGUCCACGUUCCUCAUGAGUGUUACCCUGACCCUAUAAAGGCCUGGGAGCUCUACACACCGCAGCUGUUAUCUUGUGCUCGGCCUUUUGAGGCACCACUUCUCAUCUGUCCACCUGUUACACGGUUCUUUUAUGGUCGUAGAGAGCCCUUCCUUAAGUUACUGAUUCAGGGAGAUUCAUCAGGGAGACUCUCAAUAUGGUGUAUUCCUGAAACAGUAGACUUGAAUCAGAAAGGUACCGUUCAAGAGUUGAAAGUCACCACUUCUGCAUGCUUACAAGAUACAUUUGAUCGUCUUGUUCCAAGGCCUGCCGGAAUUAUAGACCAGCUGAGCACACUUCCUGGCAGUGAAGAGCCUUUGAAGGUGACAGCUAGUGUUUAUAUUCCCUCUCAUGGGCGUCUGGUAUGUGGACGUGAAGAUGGCAGUAUUGUUAUUGUGCCAGCCACUCAGACUGCUAUCGUACAGCUACUGCAAGGAGAACACAUGCUAAGACGAGGCUGGCCUCCUCAUCGAACUCUUCGUGGACACCGAAGCAAAGUGACAUGCCUGUUGUAUCCACACCAAGUCUCCGCUCGCUAUGAUCAGCGUUACUUGGUGUCAGGUGGAGUAGAUUUCUCUGUAAUCAUCUGGGAUAUCAAUUCGGGUGAAAUGAAACAUAUCUUCUGCAUCCAUGGUGGAGAAAUCACCCAACUGGUCGUACCACCUGAAAAUUGCAGUUCUCGAGUUCAGUACUGCAUCUGCUCAGUUGCCAGUGAUCACUCGGUGGGUCUUCUCAGCCUUCGAGACAAGAAGUGCAUAAUGCUCGCAUCAAGGCAUUUAUUUCCUAUUCAAGUCAUCAAAUGGAGACCUUCUGAUGAUUACCUGGUAGUUGGUUGUUCUGAUGGGUCUGUUUAUGUCUGGCAAAUGGAUACUGGUGCAUUGGACCGAUGUGUAAUGGGAAUUACUGCGGUGGAAAUAUUGAAUGCUUGUGAUGAAGCCGUUCCAGCUGCUGUAGAUACCCUCAGUCAUCCUGCUGUAAAUCUAAAACAGGCCAUGACUCGGCGGAGCCUCACUGCUUUGAAACAUAUGGCACAUCACAAACUACAGACACUUGCUACCAAUCUUUUGGCCUCUGAAGCUGCUGAUAAGGGAGCUUUACCAAAGUAUUCCCAUAAUGCCCUAAUGGUUCAAGCCAUGAAGACCAACCUGACAGAUCCAGAUAUCCAUAUAUUAUUCUUUGAUGUGGAAGCUCUGAUCAUCCAGUUGCUAACAGAGGAAGCAUCCAGACCCAAUCCCACUCUUAUUUCUCCAGAAAGUCUCCAGAAAACACCAGGCAGUGCAGACAAAAGCAGUUCUUUCCUGACUGGGAAGAGAGCAGCUGUCCUCUUCCAACAGGUGAAGGAAACUAUCAAAGAGAAUAUUAAGGAGCAUUUGCUGGAUGAUGAUGAAGAUGAUGAUGAAAUGAGGAGGCAGAAGAGGGAAGAAAGUGACUCAGAAUAUAAGGGCAGCAAAUCAAAGCCACUCACACUGUUAGAGUACAACCUAACAAUGGACACUGCCAAGCUAUUCAUGUCCUGCCUUCACGCUUGGGGGUUGAAUGAAGGAUUAGAUGAGGUUUGCCUCAUCCGCCUUGGCAUGUUAAAACCUCACUGUCCUGUAUCUUUUGGUUUGCUGUCAAGAGGAGGACAUAUGUCGCUGAUGCUUCCUGGCUUCAAACAGACCAAGUCACUAGAUGGUGCCAUUGAACCAGGAAAAAAGCAAAUUCUGGGAAACAGCGCAUACAAUGUAUCCAGGGCUGUCACAACUCAACACCUGCUGUCUCUCAUUUCUUUAGCCAAUACUUUAAUGAGUAUGACCAAUGCAACCUUCAUCGGAGAGCACAUGAAAAAAUUGCCACAAAGACCACAGAAACCAAGCACCCUGGAGAUGACUAAAGGGAAACUUUCCCCUCCAGUCUCUUCCAUCGCUGUGCAGGGACAGAUCAAACAAGGAUGGAGUCAACUAGCAGCUAUGCAUUGUGUCAUGCUUCCUGAUCAUCUCGGACAGGACAAGUUUAGACCUCCACUUCUGGAGAUGUUAGCCCGACGAUGGCAAGAUCGUUGUUUAGAGGUGAGGGAAGCCGCUCAAGCUUUACUGUUGGCAGAGCUUCGAAGAAUCGAGAAAGAAGGAAGAAAGGAAACAAUAGACACAUGGGCACCCUACUUGCCACAGUAUGUUGACAACAUUAUGUCACCUGGUGUGACAACGGAAACCAUGCAAGCUGUUAGUGCAAAUCCUGAUUUACAAGGGGCAGAUGCCAAAAUUCAGGAAGAAGAAUCUGAUUUAGCUGAUGAUGAUAUUACUGCAGGCUGUUUGCCGAGUUUUCUUCCACAAACAAAGAAAUCAUCAUCAUCAUACGAGGAGCGCCGCAAGCAGGCUACAGCCAUUGUCCUUCUCGGUGUCAUUGGAGCAGAGUUUGGUGCUGAGAUUGAACCUCCAAAGCUGCCAACUCGGACUCGGAACACCAAUCAGGUGCCAGAGGGCUUUGGACUGACCAGCGGAGGGAGCAACUAUUCCCUGGCUAGACACACUUGCAAGGCUUUGACAUUCCUCUUGCUGCAGCCUUCUAGCCCUAAGCUUCCAGCACACAGUACCAUCCGCAGAACUGCCAUUGAUUUGAUUGGUCGUGGUUUUACUGUGUGGGAACCUUACAUGGAUGUUUCAGCUGUGCUGAUGGGACUUCUAGAACUCUGUGCUGAUGCUGAAAAGCUUCUUUCAAACAUAACAAUGGGACUGCCGCUCAGCCCAGCAGCUGACUCCGCCCGCUCAGCACGUCAUGCUCUUUCACUUAUUGCUACAGCCAGACCACCAGCUUUCAUAACUACUAUUGCACGUGAGGUCCAUAGACACACAGCUUUAGCAGCCAAUACACAGUCUCAACCCAAUGUGCACACCAGUAUCUUGGCUCGCGCAAAGAGUGAAAUUCUGCGGGUGAUUGAGAUACUGAUCGAGAAAAUGCCAACAGAUGUAGUUGACCUUCUUGUUGAGGUUAUGGACAUCAUCAUGUAUUGCCUCGAAGGAUCUUCGGUUAAGAAAAAGGGACUUCAGGAAUGUUUCCCUUCAAUUUGUCGGUUCUACAUGGUAAGCUGCUGUGAGAGGAGUAACAGAAUAGCAGUCGGGGCUCGACAUGGCUCAAUGGCUUUAUAUGACAUUCGCACAGGAAAAUGCCAGACUAUUCAUGGCCACAGUGGACCCAUAACCGCAGUGUCCUUUGCCCCUGAUGGAAGGUAUCUGGCCACAUAUUCCAACGCUGACAGCCACAUUUCCUUCUGGCAGAUGAAUACGUCACUACUGGGGAGUAUUGGUAUGCUGAAUUCUGCACCCCAGCUCCGAUGCAUGAAAACUUACCAAGUGCCCCCUGUUCAUCCUGCUUCUCCUGGUUCUCAGAAUGCACUGAAACUAGCCCGUCUGAUCUGGACCUCCAACCGUAAUGUCAUCCUUAUGGCGCAUGAUGGCAAGGAGCACCGAUUUAUGGUUUGAAGCCACCACCUGGAUCACAUGAAAUGUACUAAAGAAAUAAAAAUGUGUGUGCUGUUGGCAAAGCUGGUUAAUGUUUACAUUAAGAUAGUAUUGUGUAGAUUUUUUUCAUAAAGUUUAUCAUAAUUUGCAAUGUCAACUUUCUGUGGGUUUUUGAAAAGAGACGAAAUAGCUGCCCAACAGUUGUGUCCAAUUACUUAUUGUUUAUACCCACCAUUGUUAGUUUCAACUCUGUUUGUUGUGGUUUCAAACAUUUCUUCUCUCUUGCUAUUAUAAAAGUCUCAAAAAUGCAAUUGCUUGCAUGAUGCAUAUCUUAUGCUGUGCACCAAAAUCUGAGCGCUCCUGCAGCUAUUCUAGGAAAACAGUGCAAGAUAGGAAGGACGAAAGUCAAGUUUUGACACCAACAAGCAAUGAGAGGACAAUUCCUAAGAGUCAUCAAAAUGGUGCAGUGGCUUUCAUUUCAAGGAUUUAGACUUGAAAUAAUACAGGGCUAAUAGAAUAAAGAGGCCCAACAUAAAAUGAGUUGAUAAACUCUCAGCUCAGUCUCUAGUGAUGAUGGGUGACACCAUGAUAUUGCCCUAACUAGCACUCAAAAAGGUCCAAUAAAAGUUACUUGGGUAGUGGGAAAGGACUUAAAGUUGCAAUAUCAUUUACUUUUCUGGAGUUGGAGAAAAGCCAGGAAGCAUUAGUCUGCAUUUAACAAUCCUAUACCCAAUAUACAUUAUUGGAGGAUUUGUGACAGACAUUGGGCAACCAAGAUGGAAUUUUAUUUCACUUCCAGCAACUGGUGGAUUAGACAAUUUGACCUGAUCCCCAUGUCUUUUUCUCUGUCAAGUUUCUCCAUUUUCAAUUGAUCUAGCACCUCAGUUAAGGAGCUUAGUUCAUUGACGUUGAAGUUCUUAAUUUUUUGUCUCAACACUGCCAAUCCCUGGCAACAUCUUCAUGAGUUUUCCAUCCAGAUUACAAGUUAUCGUCAUCCUGCUGGCAGUGGAAGUUCUCAAGUUUUUUUUAAGGGGUAACAUGAGCGACUAGCAUAAGGUACAGAAUACAGUAGCAAAUUGCCUCUGCCAUAGAAUUUGAGGCAAUUCCCAGUCAUUUGGUGUGUGUAUCGUAGGAAACUUAAAACCCACAACAGAUGUUCUAUUCAAAGGACAGUUGAAUCCUCUUCAGUUCUACAAAGAUCAUUAUAAUCAUUUUCAUCAUUAGUUACAAACAGAAAAUGUUUACAGUAGCUUUGAAAAACUAAAAACUGGGACCACUUUAGCUUGCUUUCUCACAGUAAAUUAAAUCCAGUACAGUGUAACUUUACAGCUGCAUUCAAUCCCUGUUAUACAUAACUAGCUAAUGCAUAUGAGGUUCUGGUGUAGAGGAUAGAGUAUGGCUUAUUGAAUUUAUAGGUUUGCACAAAUUUGCAUGUCACUGAUACAUAAAAUACUUAUUGUUGGAAAUCCUAUUGGAUGCUUUGGAAAGGUGUUGCAAGGAUCGUUUGUGCAAUGCAUGUUGUAUGAGGAAAUCAUAGAAUUACAACUUCUUGAAAAAUUUGGCCUUUUUCACCAGUUCAAAACAAAUCUUUCAUACUGUUAACUAGCAGCAGAGUGAGUGACCCUUAAAUACUUUUAAAAUACUAUUAGGGCAAGUAUAUCAACAGCAUUUUUCCCCCAAGUUAAAUCUUUGUAUAUUAUUGAAUUAUCUGCACAGACACAGCAAAAUCCUCAUUAAUGAAUAUCUGAAUAGAAGCAAUCAGCAACUAUAGCUGUUUGGAAGGAGUUCAUGCUAUGGUGCCCUAGUAUAUUAUAUGACUUUUCUUCUUAAAUCUGACCUGCUUCAAAUAUAUAAUGCUGAGGAGGAUGCUUCCAAAUGCUACAUUUGGUAAUAAAGUAUCUAAAAUACUUUCAAAUCUGGUUCCUAUAUAUAUUUUGUUAAACGUAGGAAAAAUUAUCUUGAAACCUGCUCAAGCAGUAAUGAUAAAAAAUGCAAAACCUUGUCCUCUGCAGAGGUCAUGUGAUAUUGACGAUGCCUGUAAUUUGAACUAGAUGUCAUAAACAGUAUGGUUUGGGCAAAACUGUCACUUGUCUAUUCACUUAACAGCAAUUUAUGACUGAAAGGAUCAUUAAAUGACUGAAUACAGUGGGUGGAUGCAUAAUUCUUCUGUGCUAAUAAAAGCCUUUUAUUUGUCAGAAAUUCAUUCAAGGGCAAAGGCUAACUUAAAUUUUUUAAUGAAGGAGAAAAUUACCUUUAUUAAUUCCAGGCAAAAUGUUCAGUAUUUCUUCAAAGGAACUACCCCCUCUUAAGUUUCCUCUGACAGAUGGUUCUUUUUCAUACUGAUUUAAUAUUUAUGCUUCGUGGCUUUAAAUGUGUAUUGAGAAGGUUUUGUCAUAUUGUGCAUUUUGAGUUCAGUGUUCUGCUCACGUACAAAAUUAAUUUACAAGCAUCUUUGAUGAACAGAUCCAAAAUCACACCAUUUUACAGAACAAGGGUAAGGUUGUCUUUCUUGUCUGCCUUUUGCCAUAUCAGUGGCAUUUUUUCCUUUUCCAAAAAUGUUUUUUUUAAUUUACAAUGACUCCUGCUCCCAGUUGCUUAUAAUAGCCGAUGUCCGAAUGAUGUUUUACAAAUAAAAA